GAUGGCAAUAUGUGGAAGGAUUAAACAUUAUCAUGCACCCAGUCAUCACAUGCGACCCAAAUGUCACCCUUAAGCCCUAAAAUACGAGCAAAAUCAGUGGUGACCGUGCGCAAAAAUGACCGAUUUUCCAAGAAAUAUAAGAGACGCGUAAAAAUCCUCCGCUCGCCGUUGGUCCUUCCCAGUCGUAACCACACACAUUAACCACAAUGAAAGCGGGCUAUGGGAAGGGAACAGAACAGCGUGUUUGCUGGUAAUUAGAUCAGAAGGUACACUCAGUGCACUGGGGUUGGUGUUUUUACGCAGAGAAAAAUACCUUUGAUCGUCUUUUGUAUCCAGAAAAAUGACAUUUAUCUCAGCACGAACACAGAUUUAAAGCAAAGUUGAGCCACUGCAAAUAAAUAUUAAAGUUGUCACUGAUCGGCAACAGUCUAACCAAUUAAAUCUGCUCAAAAGGUAGAGUUGGCCACCUACGACAAUCCAUUUUAACCUACUUUCCCAUUGAGCAUAUUAAUGGCAUGGCACUGCAACCCACCAUAUGGUCUAACCUUGCCCUCACCAGAUUGACCACUGCUCCUCUCUCUCUCUCCUUCCCUGUCUCACGCUACUCUCUCUCCCCCCCUCCUCCUCCUCCUUCAUCCCAAAGCUGUCAUCCUGAGCGCUGCUGAGACGACGGACGGCUCAAUCCCUAAACGCCCGGAUGAGAGCAGCAGCAGGCGACGUUCAGGGCAACAUGGUCGCAUGAAGUCGAAGCGCAGACGGGGAGGGACAACCACCGUUCCUGAAGGAGGGGAAGCGAGCGACACGGCCACUGCUGGAAUCUGACAUUUUUCCCUUUCGACGCAGCCCACGUAGAAACGGUUCUGGGAGAAUACAGGCGGAGAUCUAGAGGCGUGGAGGCGAAGAGGAACGGCACAUUUCACCCCCCUCCUUCUUCACGGUGUCCUAUUUCGUCGGUGAAGGAACGUGCAGACAGGCUGUCUCACACUAAGCUAUGGAAUGCUCUCUGCUCCCACCAUCACUAGUCUCCAAUCUUUGGACUGAGCUCCAAACGCUUAGUUAGCGGCUGUGCUUCUCCCCUCGAACUCUUUAUAACCAGGGGACGAAGAAAAACAAAAGGAGCGGGCUUCUCAAGUCCUCCUCUGCAAACGCACAGAGCACUUGUUUUUGUUUCUUUUUAGAAUAUUUAAGGUAGAUUUUUUCUUUUUCUCUGCUUGGAUUUUUGUCGUGGAGAAAUCACAUCAAGAUGGAUCUGGAGUCGUAUCUGUGGAUGGUCAUUAUUGGCUUCAUCAUUGCCUUCAUCCUGGCGUUUUCGGUCGGAGCCAAUGACGUGGCCAACUCGUUCGGCACGGCGGUGGGGUCCGGCGUGGUCACCCUGAAGCAGGCCUGCAUCCUGGCGUCCAUCUUCGAGACGCUGGGGUCGAUGCUGCUCGGGGCCAAAGUGGGGGAGACGAUUCGGAAGGGCAUCAUAGACGUCAACCUCUACAACGAGACGGUGCCCGUCCUCAUGGCAGGCGAGGUCAGCGCCAUGGUUGGGUCAGCGGUCUGGCAGCUAAUCGCCUCCUUCCUCAAACUGCCCAUCUCCGGGACUCACUGCAUUGUUGGUGCUACCAUCGGCUUCUCCAUGGUUGCCAUUGGCACAAAGGGCGUACAGUGGAUGCAGCUUGUUAAGAUCGUGGCAUCAUGGUUCAUCUCCCCCCUGCUCUCUGGACUCAUGUCUGGACUCCUCUUCAUGCUCAUCAGACACUUCAUCCUCAACAAGGAUGACUCCGUCCCGAACGGCCUGCGAGCGCUGCCCCUCUUCUACGCCUCCACCAUUGGGAUCAACACAUUCUCCAUCAUGUACACUGGAGCCCCGUUGCUCGGGUUAGAGAUGCUACCGGUGUGGGCCAUCUUUCUCAUCACUUUAGCCGGGUCGCUGGUGUGUGCAGCUCUGGUCUGGUUCUUUGUCUGUCCUUGGAUGAGGAGAAAAAUAGCAAGUCGUUUAAAGAAGGAACAGGCUCUGUCAAGGAUUUCUGAUGAGAGCUUGGACAAGAUCCCUGAAGAAGAGGAGGAGAGCCCCGUCUUUAAAGAGCUGCCGGGGGCCAAAGGGACAGACGAGGCUGUGCUGCCGCUCACCGGAGGCAGCAGCGAGCGAAGCACCCGAGACUCCAGCGGAGAGCUCACCAACCUGGCCAAUGGAGGCACCGUCCUGCCAAAUGGCAGGGUGUAUGGUCGGACCCACUCGAUGACCAACGGCUGCCUCAAGUCACCCAUCUCUAACGGCAGCUUCAGCUUCGACGGCCACAUGCGCAGCGACGGCCAGGUGUACCACACCGUGCACAAAGACUCGGGUCUGUACAAAGACCUGCUCCACAAAAUCCACCUGGGCCGCAUGGACGACAGCGACCGCUCGGGCUCCAACGCCGGCCCCCCGGACAACAACUACCGCCUGCUGCGCCGCAACAACAGCUACACCUGCUACACGGCGGCGAUAUGCGGCAUGCCGGUCCAGCCGCUCAUGCGCCAGGAAUCCCGGGAGGACAGUGAAAAGCUGGUGGGCGAAGGAGGCGGCAGAAGCAACAGCGUGUCUUACUCCAAGAAGAGGGUACGCUACGACAGCUACUCGUCGUACUGCAACGCCGUGGCCGAGGCUGAGAUCGAGGCGGAGGAGGGCGGCGUGGAGAUGAAGCUGGCCACGGAGCUGGAGGGGGUGGACGAAGACGGAGCUCCGGCACCGGUACCUCUGGACGACCUGGCAGAAGAAGAUCACGAGGAGAAGGACAAGCCCGAGGUGUUUCUGCUCUUCCACUUCCUGCAGAUCCUCACCGCCUGCUUCGGCUCCUUCGCUCACGGAGGCAACGAUGUCAGUAAUGCCAUCGGGCCCUUGGUGGCACUGUGGAUGAUUUACGACCAGGGAGGCGUGAUGCAGGACGCCGCCACUCCUAUCUGGCUGCUGUUUUACGGAGGCAUAGGCAUCUGCGCCGGCCUGUGGGUUUGGGGCCGUCGGGUCAUCCAGACGAUGGGGAAGGACCUGACUCCCAUCACCCCCUCAAGCGGAUUUUGCAUUGAAGUAAUGAGCGCGCUAACAGUGCUUGUUGCGUCAAAUGUGGGCAUCCCAAUAAGCUCCACCCACUGCAAGGUGGGCUCGGUUGUGGCCGUGGGUUGGAUCCGCUCCCAGAAAGCAGUGGACUGGCGCCUCUUCAGGAACAUCUUCCUGGCGUGGUUCGUCACGGUGCCGGUGGCCGGCCUGUUCAGCGCCGCCAUCAUGGCCCUGUUCGUGUACGGCAUCCUGCCCUUCGUCUGAGGGCCGGGAGGGAGAGCAGAGGAGGAAAAGAGAGUCAGAGAAGGAGAGAAGAUGGAGAGGGAAACUUUGCAGAUGAAGGAAACGAAGCGAGAGGAGUGGGAAGGGUUAGGCGAGAAGAGCUGCAGAGGUUUACAGAUGGACUUGGUUGUACUGUGGAUGUAUGUGAGGAGGGUUGGUUCACAUGCUGCCUGGCUCCGUAGUCCAGAGAUCUUUUUGACUCAUUUGAGUUUCUGAUCGGUUUUUAUUUAUUCUCUUUUUUUUUUUUUUUUGGGUGCAUAAGAAAGUGUGUAACCAUUCAAUCUGCUGUACAUAAGACAAUAAUAGGGAGCUUACCAGUCUUUUAACAAGAAUUAUGUUGGAACAGUGGCAGCCAUUUUCUAUUUCCUCCUUAAAAGAAUCAUGAAUUUAAAAAACAUAAAAUACGGACAGCACAUGACUAAAAAUUAUUCUAAAAAAAAAAACGGUUAAUUCUGCACACUUAAACUGACAGACAUGCCUGCAGUAAAUCUGUAUCCUUCUGCCUGCAACUCCAGGUAGCAUAGUUGGUCAAGUGCUUCUUCUUCUUCUUAUUAUUAUUAUUAUUAAUAUUAUUUUUAUUUGCGUUAUUCCAAAAUGCCAGAUAAAAAAAAAACAACCCUGUACAUAUCGUUCUGCUGGAUUGAGUGUGAUUUGUUGUAUUGCGGCUUGCUUUAAAGUUCAAAACAAAAGAAGAAAAGAUGUGUGUGUGGUCAACCAACCCGUCCAUCAUCUCACUUUUCAACAUGCUAGCCAGGUACAACUGGGGCCAAACGGAAAGGACGCCUCAGAUAAGGGGUUGUGGGACAGUCACUCUGCUUUUUUUGUUUUGUUUUGUUGUUUUUUUUGUAUUUUCCACGUGAUACCAUAGAAACCUAAUUUACUAAAGAGUUGAUUUUUUUUGUCAAGAGCUCCUGUAUGUUUUUAGAGAUGGAUCUCAUAUUUUUUAAUGAUGUAUUAUACUGUAAUUUGUACUGUAAAUACUGUCCUUAAAGAGUUCGGCAGUGGGAUUGGGAGGAAGGUGGGGGGGGGGUUAUGGUUUGUUUUUAAUGUCGUAAUGUGGCGAUGGGGUGGGGAAGGGGCUCUUAACUUCAUCAUGAUGUCAUAAUUUACAGUAUGUUUCAUCCCCGUGGCUCAUCGUAGAGAGAAAACACACACUUGACAGAUUCUGGGGAAAUUAGUAUUUGAGUUUCAAAUGAUGAACCCAUAGAGAAAAGUGGAGCUGCUCUGUUCUACCUGGUGCUAUUGCAUCAGUAAAUUCAACAGUGUUGAUAGAAAGUUUUUUAGUUAAAGGUUCCCUUCUUGAGAAAGUGUUUCCGAGGGAGGUCGCUCUUUUGAGAGCAGAACCAUGCCAAAGUAAGUUGUGCUACAACAUGCCAAUUAAAAGUAGAAAAAUUAGGUCUAGGUGCGGCAGAUGCCAAGACGGGGAAAUGUACAAAACACACCAUGACAAGGUCCCAUGAAAUGUUCACAUAUCUUCAUCUGUAUGCCUUUGUUUUCGUACAUAAAGCUCAGUUACUGGAGUCACGUCGUUGUAUCAAAGGCUCCCUGCCAAUAAUGGACCUCUAAAUGUUCGUUUCGGUUCUAUCAGCCUGUAUACUGGUCAGAUUAUCAGAGUUCACUUAGAAUCUAAGUCUCAUGCCGUCCAUGUGGCAAAUCUGAGGCUUGUCGUGUGUCAUAUCCAACACUUAAAUUUAACUCCGCCAGUAGUGCGGGUGUGCAAGGAAGCGGUUCAGCCACACGUGUAGCUCCUCAGAACGGGCCGGUGUUGUUUGAAGUGCAGAAGCGUUUAGUCUUCAGACGACCCGCGUUUCAAUCUCAAGUGCUAAAGGUCCGCUGGAUAUCAAAUGGUCGAGUUGAGGGCUGAAUCAAAGCCCCCUGUGGGGUUUUCAGACUGCUCAUGUCACAAAAAUAUCAAGACUUCUAUCAUUACGUCGGAUAGAGACGGUAUACUGGGGAGGGGGGACAGUACUGAUCAUCACCAGCUUUUUACCAGGCUCGCCUGACCUGUAGAUGAACAAAGUCUAAAGCUUUUUUUAUUAUUAUUAUUUGAACAAACUCGAUGCCAGGUGUUGCAAGUUCUUUUUUUUUUUUUUGUUCUUGUGGUGUGUUUCCUAAUUUCAUUUUGUUUCUCAUGAACAAAUCUAUGCUUAAGUAGCCACUUGCCUUGUAACAUUGUGUUUUACUUUGUGCAGAUACAGUAAAAAAAUUAUUAAGUACUGUGGUGUUUACAUCGUAACCAUAUUGUAGAGUAUCUGUCAAAAAACAAACAAAAAAGUUGCCUAAUGAUGCCAAUGAAAGACAAAAUAUUAACCAUGAAUUUUUAAGUGCAAGUAUAAAAAAAAUAACCAGAAGUGUCUAGAGAGAAAGAGAGUGAGAGCAAGUGUGUGCGCGAUGACUUGUUUUUUGUUGGGGUUUUCUUUUUUGUAGUAGUAGUAGUGCUAAUCAUGAUCCCUGUCACUUUACACUGCUACUACAAACGCGUUAACACUACAUGUAUGGGUGCAAUUCAUUAAUGAAGAGAAUAACUAGAGAAAUUUCAUCAAAACUAUAUAUUUUUCUACCAUAUCUGAGUUUUAACCUGGGUGAGCUUCCAGACACUUUGGAGGACACGCUGUGGUGCUGAUGGGAAACUGGCAGAUGUGGACCAGCUGUUAUAAGACCGUGAUCGCAGAAAUAACUGAAGAACGGUCUUAUUUCAGGGGCGUCGCCUCGCUGGAACCAUGUGCCAAACUUCCCUCUGAAAGCCCGGUGUGUUCUUCUAACAUGUAGACUGACGUGUCGGUUGCCAGUAGAUCAGAUUUUUAAAUUACCAUUUUUAUUUUUGAAUUUUAGAUGAAAACACUUUGUAAUUUUGUUUCCCUACUGCUUUGAUCAUGAGCUGCGAGAGCAGGACGGCAAAAACCAGGACGACUGCUCCCUGAGGGAGAAAUCUGGAGGCUCGAUAUUUGCAAGCUAAGAAAUGUUAAAUUUUAAACUUGGUAAUGGAAAACUGGACUGUGAGGACAUUUGUUUCCUUGUUUUUAGCGGGUGGCCACUCUUGAAGCUCAUGUCCUUUUAUUCUUCAGCAGUUUGUGUUACACAGGGCAGCUGCACAGGGCUGGUGUGUUCAAAUCCACUUUGUACGCAUUUUAUGGUGUCUGGAGAAAUGUGCAUUUAAAAAAAAUGCACAAGAGCUCCAGCAUUGUUUCCCAAAACAUUAAAGAGCUUGUCGAAGAUCAAAUGUUCUUCCGCACUGUCUGUAAAGAAAACUCUAACAGAAGUAAAGAAAUAGUUUCUCAACAAUAUCUAUCUUAAGUUUAGCAACAUCAGCCGCCACAAGCUACAAUUUACACCAGAUGAAGUAAGGCCACUCCAGUGUUUUAUUGCUUGUACGCUCAACUUUUCAUUUGUAAAAGGUCUUGCUAAAAUAGAUGAAUUUCUUGAGCAUGAAUCACCAUAAACUAAAGGUUUAAAAUCUAUUGAUGGCACCAUGGAAAAAGCCAUCCGGCCAUAAAUAACAUCAGUAAACGCAUAAAAAUGCACAUUUUCUCAUCUAAGAGUGUAUAAAUUCUCCUGCUAUUCCUACUAAGCUUCUUUUCCAGUAGCUGUCAGUUCUUGAAAUAUUUGACCUGUCUUCAGAGAAACUAAAAGAUGCUUCUUUGUUUGUAUUCUAAGAUAAAUGACAUUUACUAUUACUAUGGCAAUUUAACAAUAUAAAUACAACAGUAUUGUUUCUAUAUUACUUAAACUGAAAAGAGAAAAUCAUCGUUAGCAACUUAACAUGAAGACAGAACUUGGCUCCGUCCCACCAUCUACUCUGCUACAUGUGCUGCAGACAGCACUGACAGUGUCGCUGCUCUGUAUCAUUACACUAUUUCUAAGUCACCUCAAGCACAAUUUUCUGUUUUAUAUUAUGUGCAAGAGAGUCUUUAAUACCAGCACAUAUCAGACAACACACAUGCCAGCACCGAUACAUCUGUGACAUCCCAGUACCUAUAUAUAUAUAUAUAUAUUUAUAGAAAAUUAGCCAGGCUCUAAUUUUAGCCAUACCAAGCACAAUAAUGAUGUUCAACAACUGCAGUUCCCAUUAGUCAUUAGAUUGCAGUUAAAGUCUCAAGGCGGCUGGUGCUGUAUAUGAUGGUGUGUAUUUAUUCAUAGUUAAAAGGAAGAGUUCCCCUGUUAAUAUUUAAAACUGUAGUACAGAUCCAUUUAAAUUAAAAUAUGAACAAAAAACCAACAAUUGCAUGGCCAGCUUUUUAGAAGACGAACAAAAGACUUUGUUUGUAAAUGGUGCGAGGUCACCUGACACACUACAGAUAUAUGGUUUUGAACAUCUUCACUAUCCUCUGCAGCCUCCUUUUGUAACUCGCACUAUCUUUUUUUUGUUUGUUUUUCCAUGCAUUCUCAGUCCUGAUAGGCCAAAAGGGAUGCACUGCUCAAGAUGGGGAGAGAAAGAGAAAAUCGCCAUCUGGUGGCAGCAUUAGGCCUGAAAUUAUUACAUUUUAUUCUAAACAACAAAGGCUACACGGAACAUAUUAAGCUUUUUAGAUAAAGCUUUUUUUUCAGAUUUCAAAAAGAAAAAUCAUGUUUGGACUAAAAACUCUUUGCUAAGCGGCUUAAACAAAACUGUGUCGAUGUGGUUUAAACAGACCAUUUAGAUCAUAUGUUCCAUCUUUCUCUAAAAGUGAGAGAACAGAUCAAAACACAACUACUUAAACCGUAUGCGGAACAACUAAAACUUUGUAAUUGUGGCCUAAAAUUGUGUCUUCAUAAUAAGAAGUCGGAUUUUAUUGAGCCUAAAUAUCAAGUGCAGUCUAAAUUCAACUAAAUUUUUAUGUAUUUUUAGCUCAUAUUUUAGUAAAAAUACAAAAAAUUUAAAAUCUAAGAGCAAAUGCAGGCACUAGAUGGUGUAGUCGGACACUUUCCCUCCCCGUAGAGAGGGACAGCAGCAUUUUAGACCAGAGCGUUUCAGCUGAUCAGUAUAAACCAAUGAGUGGUGUGAUUGCCAUUGAGGGAGUUCCUGUGCUUCUACUGCAUUAUAACUGUUUAAUAACCUUUUUGUAGAGAAAAACUCAACAGAAUGUGCCAUUUCUUUCUCCCUGAAUGUGCAAUACAAGCUGUUUCUUGUGAAGGUGCAACUACAUUGCUGUCACUUUGUGGUCGUGUAGCUCCACCUGCCCCGGUGUAAUAGCGCCCCCUCCUGUUGGCGUGGAACCAGCACCACCUGACGGAGGCGGAGGGGGCUUCAGUUCAGACCUUCAUCUGGAUGUGGCGUGCUGUCUCUAGUUUUCUGGUCUGUUUUGUAAUAGAAUGUGCUCCUUGGCUGGCCUGCAGGCUUUACAGCUCUGUGUUGUCUUUUUUACUGUUUACUGCUACGUAACUGUCCGGUCCUUCAAAACUUUAAAACUAAAAAAAAUGAAAUUAAGUCAUAAAAAUAAAAAAUGAAUAAAAAAUUCAAAAGAAACUGUAGCCUGCUUCUACAAAAAAUCUUAAAGCUCUUCUGAUUUGCAUAUAUCGUACUGUAAUGUUUUAUUUAAGAUUUUAGUGAAAAAAUGUCUGCAUUUAAACUAAAUUAUGGGAAUUAAAAUUACAAAGAAUACCUGAAA